UCCAUCCGUCCAACUCCAACCAUCCAUCCAUUUCUAUCCACCUCAGUUUUCAACACCAUUGCCUAACUAAAAAGAAAAUUAAAUUCAUCUACAGUUUCAAACAAAAUAAAUUCCCAAACACCGUAUACGCACGUUCUGUUACACUUUUCUUCUUUGAUCCAUCUAAUUUUCGAUCACCGCCCAGUUCUUGGCUCUUGUUUACACGUUUCUCGAGGCACGUAACAAUUUUUUGUUUAGGAUACGUUUUUUUCUUUUCGUAUGGAUUGGUGUCAGUGACAUUAGUUCCUACUUCUUGUGUUUUUGCUUUUUCUUAAACUGAAUCCUAAAUUUUGGAUUCUGUUAAUGUUGUUGUGAAAAGUUCGCAUCCGAGGCAAAUGGCCUAAAGGGUUACCAGUAGUAGUAGUGUAUUUCUCAAAAGGCCAACAGUGUAUCGUUUCUUGUUUUUUGGGGUUGGGUGGCUUGAGCUGUUCCGUUUCCUUCUUUUGCUUCUGUAAAAGAGGAGAGAAAAGAGAGUGAAACAGUUCUCUCUUUUUGCCUUGGUCAUUUUUCUUUUUUAUAUAAUACACUCACCAAAAGACUACUUUAGCAUGCGAGAGCGGGGGAGAAACGGCGCUGGACAAACAGUUUAGACGAUGCAGAGUGUGAAGCGGAGGCCAAGUAGUAAUACUGGUGCUACUGAUGCAAUUGCUACUAGUCAGCAACAACAGCAGCAGCAGCCAAAGCAGAAAGAAAGACAUAUUGUUUCUUGGUCCCAAGAGGAGGAUGAUAUAUUGAGAGAGCAAAUUAGAAUCCAUGGAACAGAAAAUUGGGCGAUCAUUGCUUCGAAGUUCAAGGAUAAAACAACCAGGCAAUGCAGAAGAAGGUGGUUCACUUAUUUGAACUCUGAUUUCAAGAAAGGUGGGUGGUCACCAGAAGAAGACCUGCUCUUGUGUGAGGCACAGAAAAUAUUUGGCAACAGAUGGACUGAAAUUGCAAAAGUUGUUUCAGGCAGGACUGAUAAUGCCGUGAAGAACCGAUUCUCUACCCUCUGUAAGAAGAGAGCAAAACGUGAAGCCUUAGCGAAAGAGAACAACACUUCAUAUAUCAAUUUGAACAAUAAAAGAGUUAUCUUUCCAAGUGGUCUCAGUACAAAUGGCAUAUCAGAAGCUGCAGGACCCCUUAAGAAGAUGAGGAGAGCCCACAUCCCUGAUCCCACUGAGAGCUGCAACCGCGAAGAAGAGUUAGUUGGCGAAUGCGCAACAAGUAGUCAGUUGCUUAGACCUCCAUUUGCAGUACUAGCUCAAAACAUACACAAAAGUGGAAGCAACUUGUCAACUCAGCAGCAUGGCAAUGAUGUCAAAGAGGCUCCGACUGAUGCCAGCAAUAACAAAAUUCAAGGAACAUUUCUCAAGAAGGAUGAUCCAAAGGUACUCGCAUUGAUGCAACAAGCUGAAUUACUCAGCUCACUUGCUGCAAAAGUUAACGUAGACAGUACGGAUCAGAGCCUUGAAAAUGCCUGGAAGGUUCUUCAGGACUUCUUGAACCAAAAUAAAGAAAGUGAUGAAUUCUGCUUUAGAAUUUCUGACAUGGAUGUUCAACUUGACAUUCUCAAGGACUUGGUUGAGGAUUUACAAGGUAGUUUUGAGGGCAAUCAAGCAUCAUGGAGGCAACCUGACUUAUAUGAAGAGUCCUCAGGCAGCUCUGAGUAUAGUACUGGAUCAACUCUGCCAUCACAUUUACCACUUGAUAAAGUGGAGCAAUGUCAAUCUGAGCUAUGUGCACCAUAUCAGGAUGUCAGACCUGUAUCACAAUCAACUCAUGCAGGUGAUCAGCAUCAGCUUGUUAAAGUUGAAAACACAAUGUUAGGCAGUGAACCUACAGAUAAAGAUGUCAUGCCAGAUUGUGAUGAACUAAAAGCUGAUGGUGUACUUGCUUGCGGGUUUUCAACUACAGAGUUCGGUUCCCCUCUUCAAGAGACUCCACUGUUCCGAACAAUAGCAGCUACUAUUCCCAGCCCAAAAUUUUCAGAAAGUGAAAGGCAUUUCCUAUUGAGAGCACUCGGAAUGGAGUCCACAUCCUUAACUCCUAGCACCAAUCCUUCACAACCUCCAGCCUGCAAAAGGGCUCUCCUUCAAAGCCUAUGACCAAUUUCACUGAUCCAUCUCCCUUGAUUCAGAACCUCCAUCACUGCUUAUUUAGAGUUUUCAGCAAAUGGAGCUUUUUACAUUGACUUUUCAGCUCAUUUUGCUUCCAUAGCAGUCAUAUCGACCUGUGUUUUUGCAGAAGGCCUAUGAGGUUCUGCUUUGCAUUCUAGAAUGUUACGGUACAUUCUAGAUUGCCCUAUGCUUUUUUUUUUCUUUUUACUGAGUAAAUCUAUCUAAUACUCACAUAGACUUCCUGUGUGCUCGAGUAUCGUGUCUAAUUCUUUUGUGUGUUUUGGGACUCGAGUUUUGGUAUUCGAUGUUCCCAUGAGUUUUGGCCUUGAAGAUGCCAAUUGUACAGAACAUACAGUAUAGUUCCCUAGUCAUUAUAGUGUAAGUAGAAAGCGGCACCUCGCCAGAAUUACCCUCUAUAGAGAAGUUUGACAACAUAAGAGGAGAAAAAAAAAAGGAACAAAGGAGGUUCAACCAGUUGUAUUGGACUCUUUGUUUUCAAGGUGUGCAGAGUAUUCCAGAAGUUUUCUUGGUUUUAUA